AUGUCAUCCGACUCGUACGCUGAAAUAUGCAAAACGAUAUAUGCGCGAAUUAUGCGAAAGCUGGUGACAGGCCACGAGGAGAGACGUCGGUUUGCUCCGAUUGGAGCUACUCAAGAAGUGCUGCAGCCCAAGAUUCUGCGACGCUUUUUCCGCAGUCUUGAACUCGUUGCUGAUGAAACAACGGACGAAGUUGAUCUCAACGAGGACAGCCUGAUAAAACGGAUGGGCGAAAGAAAUCUUUAUAAUUUCCUCGCGAUUCUUAUCUUUGCCUCCUGCACUAUUGAUGCCGCUCGAACAUUCACUAUCAAGCUCUUAGCUCGGAAUUCAUGGCCGGAACAUCUUGGCACUCGACCAGCGGAGCGAAAAGAACUCAUAGAUUUGUUUGAGGAAGAAAUUACGCCAGACCAAUUUCUGUCCCAGCAGGCAUGUUUUCACCCUGUCGUGAUCGAAAACAAGAAAGAAGUCCAAAUUCAAAGCUUGGACCGUCAAUGUCUCCCUUAUUUGGAAGAGAGGUUGCGGGGGAAGGGGUCGUUUGGCACGGUUUACCAAGUCAAGAUUGCCAAAGGUAAUUUUCUCGACGCGGAAUUUGGUGCAAACAAAGAGCCCAAGGACAUUGCACGCAAAGACUACCAAUUCAGCAAGAAUCACCGACCGAAAGAAGAACACGAAAUCAUGAAAAAAAUCCUAGCUUCUGAUCGCACUUGUGCAAACAUCGUCGACAUCUACGGCAGCCUUGCUAUUGGCUUGACAAAGUACAUUGUCUUUAUGCCCCUCGCCAUUUGCGAUCUCAGAGCGUACAUGAUGGAAGAUCUCCGGAUCGGACCCAAUGCCAACAUGGAGAAGACAGCGAUCAUACUCUCCGCCUCGGGGCUUGCAGGAGGACUGGCGUUUCUCCAUCAUGAGAUGAGAACGGUGGAAGGGGAAGAGAUGGUCUGUUAUCACAUGGACCUCAAGCCGAGCAACAUUUUGAUCUUCCUCGAGGGAAAAGAAGAUCAUCAGCAAUUCAUUUGGAAGAUCAGUGAUUUUGGCAUGUCUCGUGUCAAGUUAAGGUCUAAAGGACAGAAAGGCACUCGCGAAAAGGAUUUUGACAGCUGGUUCGUCCGCUUCCAGAAGCCACAAGAUGCAUCAGCUCCCUCCGGAACCUUGAACAGGCGGGGCGAGGGUACGUAUCUGGGGCCUGAGUCUCUUGCUCCAACUCGAGAUAUGAGAACGGCCAACGAUGUCUGGUCCCUGGGGUGUGUCAUAAGCGUUGUAUUCGCGUACUUGGAGGAGGGUAGAUCGGGUGUGACCAAAUACCAAGAGCAGAGGUUAGAGUAUCGCAAUGCGGAGGGAUACGAUCGAUUCUUUAUCGCCAACGCAAGAUUCGGCUAUCCAAAAGUGCACCCGGAGGUCAGUCAAUGGCACCGCCAUUUGAUUAAGAAAGCGCGACAAAGGGACUCUAAGGAGGCAGACGCGGUGGAGUCAAUGCUGGGCUAUCUUGAGCGCAAAGUCCUCCUGCCGGAGCAGUCAAAAAGGUGCAACGUGAAGCAAUUGCAGGCCAAGCUGGUCGAAACCUACCAGAAGUACAGGGACUUGAAGGACAUAUCGAAUGAACAUACACCGGAAGACCAAUCUGGUAUGAGCGGGGCGCCAUGGAAUAAGAUCAUAAGUAGGCAGCAUCUGCCCUGGAAGCAAAAUGGCCACAACAGGCGGAAGACACAACAAUAG